AUGGCAAGCAAAAAUUACAGAUUGGAUCCAAUCUUUCAAUUGUAUGAUCCGAUUCAAUAUUCGUUCAACAAGAAGAAAGAGGAUUACGUAAUCAUCUCACCAUCAGUAGGGACAAAGACCCAAAUAAACGACGGAGGAAGAGUAACCUUUGAAAUUAAUUCGUUGUCCAAUUGGUUGCUGCUNUCCGAUGCCCAUUUCCGAUGCGAUUUCAAAAUCAAAGACGCCACUCAGAAUCGAAUUCCACAAACCAACACGACUUUAGAAAACACCUUCUUUCCGUCUUUAUUCAGCGAAAUGGUUUUGGAAGCUGGUUCAAAUCCGAUAGAGACCAUAAAACACCCCGGCGAGUUUGACACAAUGUUGAAAACGGUUCUGUAUCCCAAAAACUACGAUUCAGUUUCGGGAUGGAUUCCCGAUGUCGGUGACGGAGAAGUUUUAAAAGAACCGAUCAGAACUGUAGCAAAUGACGCAGACCUUGCUAGGAUAAGGGUAGUUGCUAGAAACACACUGGAAAGAGUGACUCGCGGAGUAAAUCACGGAUUUGAAAAACGAGCGCUUCAAUACAACAAUGUCGUCGAGAACAACAGAUGGGGUAAUUACGUAAAUUGGAAGUUGUAUCCUUUAUUUGGUCUCUUGGAACACAGAAAGGUUUCCAUAGGUUUACCGUAUAAAAUUCAUUUGCAAAGAGAAAUCAACGACAAGAUAUUUUUUGGUGAAAACAACUCUGACGCAAAAUUGGAAAUAACGAAUAUCCAACUUUACAUACCGGUAAUCACUCCCUCCGUAGAAGUGGAAACGAGAAUAUUCAACUCUUUAACCAAAGACAUCGAAAUUGCUUUUCUUCAUCGUAACACGGUAGGUAGCAUGACUUUAACGGGAGAAUCCACCACGUGGCCAAUCACCAACACCGUCAAACCAGCGAGAUAUCUAAUGGUCGGUUUCAAAAACUUGCCAGACUCUCAGACAAACAACAACAACAUUUUCAGAGUGGCAUUGAACCAUACUUAA